AUGACCAACAGCUCCAGGCACUGGUCACCACGGGCUCGGACAAUUUAUGACAACCGAAUAUACAGCCUUAAACUAGAAUGUGGACCUAAAUACCCAGAAGCACCCCCCUUUGUAAGAUCUGUAGCAAAAACUUUCAUGAACGGAGUUGCUAGUUCUAAUGAAGUGGUGGACCCAAGAGCCAUGUCAGUGCUACCGUCAAAAUGGCAGAAUUCUUAUAGCAUCCGAGUGGUCCUGCAAGAGCUUCGGUGCCUAAUGACGUCUAAAGAAAACAGGAAACUCCCUGGGCCACCGGAAGGACCAUGGUCCAGCAAUCAAUCAUGAAGAAACACCACAGGCCCCCCUCGCCCCCAUUCAAU